AUGGUCUAUAAGAUGAAGUUUUGUGAAACUUGUCUGAUAUUUAGACCUUAGCGCACAGCUCAUUGCAAUAUUUGUGAUAAUUGUGUCUUGAAAUUCGACCAUCAUUGCAUGUGGAUAGGAACUUGCGUUGGAAAGAGAAAUUAUAAAUAUUUUAUGCAUUUCCUCACCCUACUUAAAAUAUAUGGGCUGUAUGUGUUAAUAUUUUGUUCCAUUUCGAUUGUUUACAAAGCUCAAUAAGCUAAGGAUGCUGAGAAAGUUUUCUAGCAAAGGUGGUAUGCAGUAAUAAUUGCUUUCAUUGGUUGGCUCUGCUUUUAUCACUUCUGUAUUAUCUUGAAAGAUUAAACUACUAAUCAGAAUAUUAAGAAAGUAGAUAAUGAUCUAAAAUUUAAGCCUUAUCAGAAUAAUAAGGGGAAGUGUGCUCUUUUAUUUAGUUCUUAUUUUGGAAAAAUUCCUGCCUCAUUAGUUCCUAAUUCCUUGAUAAAUUCAAGUAAACUCUACAUAUCUUCUCACUCAACAGAUGAUUAUUUAAAAGAAAUUGAAAGCUAUCGCAAAUAUUUAAGGCAAAUUGAAAAGGGCAAAAAGCAAUUAUAGAAAAGUAAUAAAACUAAUGGAAAUUAUGAUUCCGUUCUAACCAAUAGUCAGGGCUAAUUAUUAGCUGAAAAUUCAGUAAUAGUAGGACCCGCUCGUAUUAUAAAUUACUAACCAAUAAAUUUAGAAGUAAAAAAUGAAGAAUAGAAGAAUUAAGAUAAGCUUAGCAACAAUGAGGAGGAAAGCUAAUUAAGUGAUACAGAUUAGGAAUUUGAUAUGGAUAGUAAAAAUUAAAAUAGAGAAGUAACCAUAGACAAAUUAAAUACUGAUUAUGAUGAUGGAGAGCUUUGCCAUACGCAAAUAAACUUUAUACCGAAAUAUGACAUUGACCAUUUCAAUAAAUUUAAAAAAGAAGAUUUACAUGGAAAUGAAAUUGAUUAGAGUAAAAAUAUAAAUUCAAGCAAAGAUUUACUUUAAAAUAGAUCAUAACUUUAAUAACUUAGCACUCUCAUUGAAAAAGAUUCCAUUCAUUAAUGA